AUGGGUUUGAGUCUGAAGAAGAAGUUGAAGGACCUCAUCCGUGGUCCAAAGAAAGAUGACGCCCCCAAAGAACCACUUCACGCCCACCCGAAUCCACGGCAGCAGGCGAGUGCGCUCGCGGAGAAGGUACCCAGCUCCUGCACGACCGGUUCUUCGGGAACAGCGCAAUCGAUUUCAGCCACCGAACCAUCAAAUACGCUUCAAGAAGAUACACGAGACGAGCCGGCCGCGAAGUUAACGCCUUCCCAAAACAGUGAAGGGUCUAUUCGGCAGUUGUGGGACGUGGCAUAUCAUAACCUGCGAAAUCAAGAAGAGAGCCUCGUCCAAGAGUUCGAGGACCAGAUAUGCGACAACUUGGCUGCUGGCCUUGGUGUCGACGUACGUUCACAUACUGGAACGAAAGACUGGUUGGCAACGAUCCUCAAGCACAAGAUGGACCAAGUCAACCGGGAGUCUUGGAAGUUGAAAUUUGGCAGCUCCGAGGUGGAAGUCCAGGAUGUUGUAAAGCCCGUCCUAGCCGUGGUCGACUGGGCCAAUGAUUUCGUUGCCAAAGCUCUGGUCUCAAAUCCAUACGCGUCGAUUGCCUGGAGUGGUGUGAGCUUGUUACUGCCGCUGCUUCUCAAUCCCUUGGAUCAAGCCGCCGCUCUGGCCAAGGGGCUUGAGCAUAUAUCGUCCCUCAUAGUACGAAGCUCUAUGUGGGAAGAUCUCUAUGUUCGGCGUUACGAGUCAAAGACCAGCGAGGCUUCGUCGGAGCCGCAUGCUGCUUACAGACUCGUCUUGGAAAGACUGUACAGAGAGAUCCUCAAGUUUCAGAUUGUUUGCUAUCGCUACCACAACCAUAAAACUGCCUCUCGCAUGGCGCUUGAUUCUGUGAAGCAUCAUGACUGGGAAGAGCUGCUUGAACAGAUCAAUUAUCACGAGACCGAAUUCGACAAAGUAAGCAAUCAUGUGCGGGACCAGGCGUAUACUCACGAAUGGGAGAACGCAGAGGCGCGGCAUCAACAAGCCAUGAAACACUGGGAAAAUAUUGGCACCGAUGUUUCCGAUCUGAGAAGAAGAGUUGAGGAAAUCCAGAACCAUAAGAAGCGCAAAGAAUUGCUCGAGUGGCUCUGCACCGUUGACCCCUCUGUGCAGUACAAUGCCGCACGUAGCAAACACCACAGUGGCACUUGCGAAUGGCUGAUUAAAGACAACGAAGAUUUCAAGACGUGGGAGACAGCGCCAAAAUCUUUCUUGUGGCUCAACGGCAAAGCUGGCUCCGGGAAGUCGAUUCUGAGCUCAUCAGUCAUUAAACACUUGAAAAUACAGUCAGAGGAGGAUCCUCAGGUUGCGCUGGCGUACUACUUCUUCAGCUUUGGGAACACGGAGCAACAAAAGGUAACCGUUAUGUUAUCUUCGCUUAUUGGCCAACUUUGCGCGAGCCGUCCCGACACGCCACGUCCAAUCAAGAAGUUUGAGAAUUAUGUCGCCAAAAAGGAGCGCCCAGACAUAGAAACCCUUGAAGCCGCCCUAAUAGCUGUUGUUCGUGGGUUUUCAGCGGUAUUUAUCGUGGUAGACGCUCUCGACGAGUGUCCAAUUCUUGACGGGGAGCGGCCCAGGCUGCUAGAUUGCCUCAACCACAUCCUUACUGUAAUGCCGGAUAAUCUCCACAUUCUAUGUACAGGCAGAGCCGAACCGGACAUUAAUACCAGGAUCGACGAGGUAGUGCAUCUGCCGGCUAAGCGCACCAUUAGUCUUACAGACACUCAGACGGGCUUGAAUGGUGAUCUUGGUCUGUACAUUGACUCAGUCUUGGCAACCAGAACAUACGAAUUUUGGCCCAACGACAUGAAGGUUAAAGCAAAAAACGUAUUGCUCGCAAGAGCAGAUGGAAUUGCCCUAUCCCAGGGCAGUGCGAUCUUGAGAAAGCAUCGGCGGCCGUACUGCUACACCGCCAAGCUCGGCGCUCUUGAGCUCACCAAGUGGCUGCUUCGUGAAGAUUCAUGGGCCGGCAGAUUCGUGGUUCAUGAAGAUCUCGACCAGGCCCUUAUAGAGGCAGCGGAGGGGGGAAACAUCGGGGUCGUCCAAUUCCUUCUCCAAAGAGGCGCUCACGCCAACGCUCGACAUAGGUCACGUUCUGGUGCGCUACAGGCUGCGACACGCCAAGGCAAUUUAGCGGUCAUGGAAGUUUUGCUCGACAACGGCGCAGAUAUCGAUGCUCAUGAUGAAGAAUCCGGAUCACCUCUGGAAGCCGCGGCCAGGAGUUUGAGAUUCGCAGGCAUGCGAAUGCUUGUGGGUCGUGGAGCUGAUGUACGCAAAGCGGAGUGUGUUCUGUCGUGUCUGCUUCAGACUUUAAGUUCUUUCAAAAUCUCGCUCGACUCACUCGAGAUCACUGAGUGCAUAGAGCUUUUGCAGCUUUUCCUCGCCAACGGUGCUGAUAUCAGCAAAGGGUGUACUAAACAUAAGAGUGCUGUCUUUUGGGCAAUCCAAUUGUCGAAACAGGAGGGGAAGCAGAGCAUUCUGGACUUUGUUCUACAGCAGGGCGCUCAUCCCAACUCAAACUAUGGCCGAGACCUGCUUCAACAGGCAUGCAGGAGCAUCUGUUUUUGUCUCGGCUUUCCAAGGUCUCAUGCCAUUGCGGUGCUUGAAAACCUGCUGAGCAUGGGGGCUGACGUGGAUGGUCCGGUAGGAGAGAACGGCACAGCACUACAGUUUAUAUGCAUGUGGUCUUGCGAGAUAGGAUAUCCGGAGCUGGUUGAUCUUUUGCUGGAUAGAGGUGCCGAUUGUGGUGUCGAAGGCGGAGAGUAUGGCAAUGCCUUACAAGCUGCGAGUGGUUACCAGAGCGACUUUGGCCCGAGCGAGUAUUGUUCUUUGGAGAUGGCGAGAAAACUGCUUGAGAGGGGGGCCGAUGUCAACGCCCCCGGUGGAAAAUUUGGAAGUGCGCUUCAAGCCGCGGUUUCCAACAACGUCCGCAAUGUUGACCUAGAGAGUUUGCUACUCAGCAAAGGUGCAGAAGUCAACAGGCAAGGAGGGAUUCACGGCACAGCACUUCAAAGCGCUUGCGCGAGUGGCAAAAUGGAAGCAGUGCGCUUAUUACUUGAUCAUGGCGCCGACGUGAAUACUGCUGGCGGGAAAUACGGGAGCGCCCUCCAGGCGGCCUGUGGAUCAAACUGGGACACUCUCGACAACCCUGCAUGCGAUAUCGCGCGGCUAUUGAUUGAACAUGGCGCCGACGUCCAUGCUCAAGGCGGGAUAUUCGGGAGCGCCUGGCAUGCUGCAGCUACGAUUCGCAGCUAUGACACAGCAAGCAUUGAUACGCUGAAGCUACUUCUCGAUCACGGUGUCGAUGUAAAUGACAGCAGAGGUCAGCAACACGGCACUGCUUUGCAGGCUGCACUUGAGCUCUUCGGACAAUCAGACAUUGUCGUCCCCAGAGUCCGCUUUCUGCUUGAACAUGGCGCUGAUGUCAAUUUGGAAGCCGGCCAGUUUGGAUUUCCGUUACAGUCGGCAUGUGUGACGGCGACGUCCCCAAAGGCUGAGCGUGGCAGAGAAAUUCAUGCCUGUAUUCAUGGCCUCACAUAUCUCCUCGAUAACUGCCCAGAAAUUAAUGUCAAUAUGAUAGGCGGGGUUUUUGGCACAGCUCUACAGGCAGCUGUAUGCACAGGCGAUGUAAAAGCCGUCGAGUUGCUGCUCAAGAAGGGCGCCGAUACCAACACAAUAGCCGGACCCUUUGGUACGGCUCUACAAGCAGCAGCGCGGAAAGGCGAGCUACAAAUUGUCGAGUUACUCCUUACGAAGGGCUCCGAUACGAACAUUCGUGGCGGGAAAUAUAGAAGCGCGCUUAAUGCGGCUAUCUUCGAAGGGUAUUGGGAUAUAGUCAAGAUACUACUGGACUCCGGAGCCAGGCCAGAUUGUCAUCAGCUUCCCGAAUGCGACGAGGCAUGGCUCGGGUGUAUCAGCGAGGAACACGGGAAGGGUUCUGUGGAUCGUUAUAGGAAGUUUUGGGAUAUCAUGAAACUUGAAUGGAGUGAAGGCGCGGUGUUCAAAGGGCGAAAUUACUAG